AUGGCGGCCAACGCCCUGCCUAUACGCUUCACUGAGCUACUUCAGUUGACGCAUACAGAGAUUGACCAAAAAUCCAUAGGCUUCAAUUCUUGUACACUAGAGUCCGACCACUACAUCUGCGUCCGCCAGGCCAUUCCGGAAGGCGCCAACCCUGAGGUGAUCAUAGUCAACCUCAAAAAUAACAAUGAAAUCAUCAAGAGGCCGAUCAAGGCCGACAGUGCCAUCAUGCAUUGGUACAAGCAGGUCAUUGCCCUCAAAGCGCAGCAGCGAACCCUACAGAUCUUCGAUCUCGGACAGAAGAUCAAAGUCAAUUCCAACACAAUGCUGGAAGACGUGAUAUACUGGAAAUGGUACAGCCCGGAUAGCUUGGGGCUAGUAACGGAGAACUCGGUGUAUCACUGGAAUGUCUUCGAACAACCGUCUUCUACCCCACAGAAAAUGUUCGACCGGAACGCAAAUCUUUCUGGCUGUCAAAUCAUCAACUACCGUGUGAACGAGGACGAAAAAUGGAUGGCUGUUGUAGGAAUCACCCAACAACAAGGUCGUGUUGUUGGUCAGAUGCAAUUAUACUCGAGAGAGCGUGGUAUCAGCCAGGCAAUUGAGGCUCAUGCCGCAGCCUUCGGGACCAUUCGAUUAGAAGGGGCCCCGGCAGACACAAGAGUCUUCACCUUCGCAGUCCGAUCUGCGGCGUCAGCAAAGCUACACGUUGUGGAGAUUGACCACCAGGCGUCAAACCCUCCUUUCGCGAAAAAAGCUGUCGACGUGUACUUUCCUCCUGAAGCGGUCAAUGAUUUUCCCGUGGCCAUGCAGGUGUCUCAGAAAUACAGCGUCAUCUAUAUGGUGACAAAAUAUGGCUUCAUCCACCUAUACGACUUGGAGACCGCCGCUUGCAUCUUCAUGAACCGUAUCUCAAGCGAGACGAUCUUUACGACGGCCCCAGAUUCUGACUCUUCUGGCAUUGUGGGGGUCAACCGCAAAGGCCAAGUCCUCUCCGUUAGCGUAGAUGAGAAUACCAUCAUCCCAUAUCUACUGCAAAAUCCUGCAAACGGCGCCCUCGCACUUAAGCUUGCUUCACGAGCUGGACUACCAGGAGCCGAUAAUCUGUACGCUCAUCAGUUCGAGAACCUCAUGGCUUCCGGUCAAUAUACGGAUGCCGCCAAGAUUGCUGCUAAUUCUCCUCGGGGAUUCUUGAGGACGCCCCAAACGACCGCGAGGUUUCAAGGCUUACCUUCUCAGGGGGGUGGAUUGACUCCUCAUCUACAAUACUUUGGUACUUUACUGGACAAGGGACCACUCAAUAGAGCAGAGAGUCUUGAGCUCGGUCGACUUGUGCUUCAACAGAAUCGAAAGCACUUGAUAGAGAAGUGGUUGAAUGAAAACAAACUGGAGUGCUCGGAAGAAUUGGGAGAUGCUGCCCAACCAUAUGACCCUGCGCUUGCGUUGCAGAUCUACUCGCGGGCCAACGUGCCACACAAAGUCAUUGCAGCACUCGCAAUGACAGGGCAAAUUGACCAGAUCCUCCCCUUCGUCAAGAAGACUGGAUAUCAGCCGGAUUUUGCUAUGCUGAUCCGAAACAUCGUACAAACAAAUCCUGACAAAGGUGCUGAAUUUGCCAUCGCGCUUGCAAAUGACGAGAACGGACCACUGGUAGAUAUCGAGCGAGUUGUUGAUGUCUUCCAAUCUCAAAACCUGGUUCAGCCAGCUACGGCAUUCCUUCUAGAUGCGCUCAAAGACAACCGGCCCGAGCAAGGUCAACUGCAGACACGCUUGUUGGAGAUGAAUCUAAUCAAUGCACCCCAAGUUGCCGACGCCAUACUGGGCAAUCAAAUGUUCUCCUACUAUGACAAGGCCCGGAUUGCCCAGCUUUGUGAGAAUGCUCAGCUCUACCAGCGAGUCCUAGAGAAUACCGAAGAUCCAGCCGUGAUCAAGAGGAACAUCGUUCGUACCGACAAGCUCAAUAAUCCCGAAGGGUGGCUAGUCGACUACUUUGGACGAUUGUCUGUUGAUCAGUCACUGGACUGCUUGAAUGAAAUGCUCAAGGCCAAUAUUCGUCAGAACCUCCAUGCCGUCUACCAGAUUGCGACCAAGUACUCUGAUUCGUUGGGACCACACCGUUUGAUCGACCUGUUCGAGAGGUAUCGAACAGCUGAGGGCCUGUAUUACUAUCUCGGUAGCAUCGUGAACCUGAGCGAAGAUCCGGAGGUCGUUUUCAAAUACAUUGAGGCUGCCACUGCGAUGAAGCAGACUACAGAAGUCGAGCGGAUUUGCCGAGAUAACAACUUUUACAACCCGGAAAAGGUAAAGAAUUUCCUGAAAGAAGCCAAAUUGACGGAGCAAUUGCCACUAAUUAUCGUCUGCGACCGCUUCAACUUCAUACAUGACUUGGUUCUUUACCUCUACCAGAACCAGCAAUUCAAGUCGAUCGAGGUUUACGUUCAGCGCGUCAAUCCUGCAAGAACACCGUUUGUCAUCGGUGGACUCCUUGAUGUUGAUUGCGAUGAAUCAAUUAUCAAGAAUCUUCUCCAAUCCGUCGAUCCUGCUUCUAUUCCUAUUAACGAUCUCGUUUCCGAAGUCGAAUCACGGAACCGCCUCAAGCUGCUUCUACCAUUCCUCGAAGCUACACUCGCCAGUGGGAACCAGCAGCAAGCUGUCUACAACGCACUGGCCAAGAUUUACAUCGACAGCAACAACAACCCCGAGAAGUUCCUCAAAGAGAACGAUAUGUACGACCCGUUGACUGUUGGUAAAUACUGUGAGAAGCGAGACCCCAACCUCGCAUACAUUGCAUACCGGAAAGGCCAGAACGACCUUGAACUCAUCAACGUUACCAACGAAAAUUCGAUGUACAAGGCACAAGCUCGGUAUCUCCUCGAGCGAGCUGAUCCCGAGAUCUGGGCUUUCGUUCUUAACGGCAAUAACAUCCACCGACGUUCGCUGGUUGAUCAGGUUAUCUCGACCGCAGUCCCUGAGUCUACUGAACCCGAGAAAGUCUCUGUAGCUGUCAAAGCAUUCCUGGAUGCCGAUCUACCCGCCGAGCUUAUUGAGCUUCUCGAGAAAAUCAUCCUUGAACCGUCUCCAUUCAGCGACAACGGCAGUCUUCAAAAUCUGCUCAUGCUCACAGCCGCCAAAGCUGACAAGGGCCGUCUGAUGGAGUACAUACAUCAACUCUCGGCUUACAAUGCAGAAGAGAUAGCCAACAUGUGCAUAUCGGUUGGCCUGCUAGAGGAGGCAUUCGAAAUCUACAAGAAGGGGGAGAACCAUGCCGCAGCAACAACCGUGCUGGUUGAACAUAUUGUCAGCAUUGACCGUGCCCAAGAGUAUGCCGAGCGCGUAGAAAUACCCGAAGUCUGGAGCAAGGUUGCCAAAGCUCAACUAGAUGGUCUCCGUAUUGGUGAUGCGAUUGAGUCCUACAUCCGUGCAGAGGAUCCAAGCAAUCACAUUGAAGUGAUUGACAUUGCUACUCACGCUGGAAAAGACGAAGAAUUGGUCAAGUAUCUGCGUAUGGCACGAAAGACUCAGCGAGAGCCAGCGAUCGACACCGCUCUUGCUUUCUGCUACGCUCGACUGGACCAGCUAAGCGAGCUUGAGGACUUCUUGCACUCUUCCAACGUUGCGGAUGUCGAAGCUUCAGGCGACAAGGCUUACGAAGAAGGCUACCACCCGGCUGCGAAGAUCUUCUUCACUAGUAUCUCGAAUUGGGCGAAACUUGCAACAACGCUUGUGCAUCUGGAAGACUAUCAAGCAGCCGUCGAAUGUGCGCGGAAGGCAAAUAGCGUCAAAGUUUGGAAGCAGGUCAACGAGGCCUGCGUCGCAAAGAAGGAGUUCCGACUGGCUCAGAUCUGUGGUCUCAAUUUGAUUGUUCAUGCCGAAGAGCUUCCGAACUUGAUUAAACAAUAUGAGCGCAACGGCUAUUUCGACGAGCUCAUAUCGCUGCUCGAGGCCGGGCUGGGUCUUGAACGUGCACAUAAGGCCAUGUUUACGAGCCUUGGCGUUGUGCUGUCCAAGUAUCAUCCUGAUCGGGUGAUGGAGCAUCUCAAGCUGUUCUGGGCCCGUAUUAACAUGCCUGGGAUGAUCCGUGCUUGUGAGGAAGCACACCUAUGGCCUGAACUGAUCUUCCUCUAUUGUCACGAUGACGAAUGGGACAAUGCUGCCCUGGCGAUGAUAGAGCGCUCUUCCGAUGCCUGGGAACACCAUUCCUUCAAAGACAUCAUCGCCAAAGUCGCCAACCUCGAGAUCUACUAUCGCGCUCUCAAUUUCUACCGUGAACAGCAACCAACAUUACUUACGGACCUACUUCAAGCCCUGACUCCUCGUAUUGAAGUCAACCGGGUGGUGAAAAUGUUCAAGAAGACCGAUGACCACCCCCUCAUCAAGCCGUUCUUGCUUAACGUUCAAAGCCAAAACAAGAGGACUGUCAAUGAUGCCAUUAAUGAUCUGCUUAUCGAAGAGGAAGAUUACAAGACGUUGCGUGAUUCAGUUGAGAACUACGACAAUUACGAUUGGGCAGAUCUUGCAUCACGGCUUGAGAAACAUGAACUUGUCUUCUUCCGGCAAAUCGCUGCCAACAUCUACCGCAAAAAUAAGAGAUGGGAGAAAUCGAUAGGUUUAUCCAAGCAAGACAAACUGUACAAGGACGCGAUUGAGACGGCGGCGCUCUCUAGCAAGAGUGAUGUCGUGGAAGACUUGCUUCGUUACUUUGUUGAUAUUGGCAGCCGAGAAUGCUACGUUGGCAUGCUCUACGCUUGUUACGAUCUCAUUCGCCUCAACGUCGUGAUGGAGCUGUCCUGGCGUCACGGUCUUACAGACUUCAGCAUGCCUUUCAUGAUCAAUUACAUGAGCCAGCAGGCAUCUACGAUUGAGGGACUCAAGAAAGAUAACGAAGAGCGCAAGGCUCGCGAAGCAAAAGAGCAGAAAGAAGAGGACAGCACGCCCAUCCUGGGAGGAUCGAGACUAAUGCUGACGCAAGGAAGCAGUCCCAUGCCAGCACCUUACUCUCAGACCAAUGGCAUAACUCCUCAGCCCACCGGCUACCGAGCCUUCUAG